GUAGAAGAGGCUAUUGAGCAAACUGUAGGGAGGUUAUUUGCACGUGGUUGCGCUUUAAAGAAUUUUUUUCUACAGCACUUCAAGUAUAAGCCGAAUUGAACACAAUGGCCGCAUUAUAAAAUAUGUGGUGAAGUUAUAUAUUAAAUUCCGCGCACCUGCCGGGAAAAUUAUAACUAUAUUAUGACUGAAGCAAAUGGUGCAAAAUUCGACGGUGGCAAAAAUCUGUUCACGUUGGGAUUUGUCAAAAAAAAUUUAGUUUUAUGACAUAUUAUAGUGUGUCAAUUGGAUAUGAUUUUUUCCUCCUUUGAGAGGCAUGCAUAUAAUGAAGUAAACAGCUGAAGUAAUUCUGGGCAAAAGAUUCAGAUAUGUUACUUUCGGUGAAUCAUUCAAGAGAAAAUAAAUUGUGAGAAAUAAAAUGUUUUACUGUUUUGUUGCAACUUGCAAUGAACAGUUAAACAUAUGUUUGUCAUUUUGAAACAGCCCCAGAGAUUCAGAGAGUAUCGGAGUGAACGUACAUCGGCUGGCCGAGUUCCCUCCGUCACAUACGAAUGGAAGGAGGGUAUGGCCUCGCUGUCUUACCCACCUAUGCCCCCUAUUUUGAGCUUGGUGGUUAUUUUCUUAUUGGUAUACUUAAUCGAUACAAGUAAUGGAUGUGGAAUGCAAUUGUGUCAUGAACGUUGGCGGACUGCUCAGAGAGCAGCACAUGGAGGUUUGAUAAAACCACAUAAUGGAGAAGAACCUCUUUGUGUAGCACAUAGGACUUAUUUGGUGUGCCUGAUUGCAGAAGAGGUGAACUGCAAAACCAAUUUGCAAUUUCAACUGACCAAGCGAGGUGUCAUACUCAACAUGAAAAGUUCAAAGUGUAAUGAUUAUGGUGAUACUUUUAAUGUAACCACUGUUGUUAAUGACCCUCUCAUGGAUCCAUGUUUUCCAAAUUCAAUUUGCACAUGUACUUUUCGAAGCAAAAAUCCUAACACUCCAAUAAAAUAUGAACACUGUGGAUUAUUUGGUGAUCCCCAUUUGAGGACGUUCAGGGAUGAUUUUCAGACUUGUAAAGUGGAAGGUGCAUGGUCACUGGUUCAGAACAGAUAUAUAGUGAUUAUGGUCACAAACAACCCAGUAAAAGACCAUGCAGCAGCAACUGCCACAAGCAAGUUGACUGUUGUGAUAAAGAAGAAUGAAGACUGUGCUUCACGUGAUUUUGUAACAUACAAAGCUCACACAAAUAACCUGCCAGGAACAUUUGAAAAUGGCCUAUCUGCUGUAGGCCCUGAUGAAAGUGUCGCCAUCCGAGUGAUGGAUCCUGGGAAACAUGUACAAAUUUAUUUAAGGUUCAUUGAUACAACCAUACGGGUGCGACAAAUUGGUCGCUAUUUCACUUUUGCCAUAAAAAUGCCACAGGAAAUUGUGGAACAGUCACUAGACAAUGAUACUCAGCAAUUAUGUGUGCAAGGAUGCCCUGAACAAGAGCAAAUUAAUUAUAAAAAAUAUCUGGCAGAAAAAAGGAGAAUUAUAGACGGGCAUCAAGGGGACAUCGCAAUGACCAGUGAUAAAGCAAGUGAAUUGUGUCGGAAGUCACAUGUUGUGGAUUUUUACUUUGAUUCAUGUGUAUUUGAUCUCAUGACCACUGGAGACGAAAGUUUUACUGUAGCAGCACAACAGUUGUCAAAAGAUUUAACAGAUCUUUCACCAGAAAUUGUGAAAACUCAGGGAAACCGAACACGUUUGAUAGAAAUCCUUCCCUCAAGUGGCUGUAGAGUGAAUAGUGACUUUAUUCUGUGGACUUGUGCUUUAGCUGUUCUUUUAUGUUUAUUAUUUCAACAAAGGACUUCAUAACAAAGGUAACAUAUUCAGGCAAUGGCAAGACAUUCAUGUCACUUUCAGUAUAUCUAGAUACUUUUUUCUGGUAGUAUUUGCCCAGUGCUGAAACAAUAAUGAAAUUUUAUGCAUGGAAAUUGUAGCAAAGCUAAAUGCAAGGGACGAAUGUUAUUGGAGGGGGUGGUGGUGGUUGGUUUGGGGAGGGGUGCAGUAAGAGAUCUGAAGAUAAGACAAUUAAGGCCAUUCAAGUUUUUUCUCUGUUUCAUGUUCACCUAAUAUGUUGACGGUGCGACCGUUGGGGCGAGCGCAGUAUUCACUUCAUUAUUAUGAUCCGCCUCUUCAAACCGCACGAGACAUUUGGAACGUCUAGACUGUGACGUCACAUGACGUUGUAUGUUAGCUGCAUUUCCAUAAACAAAGUUUAAAAAGUGCAAAUAUUUUAACAAAGAACGUUUAAUCUACUAUCUGCAUGCAAUAUCCAUUAAAUUAAGGUGAGUUUUUUAGUUGUUGUCACGAAGCGUGAACGAAGUUAGCAGCGAGAACAAGAAGCGAUGCAUUGUGGGUCAGAAUUACUGCGGAAAAAAAUUCUAUUGAAUGAAUGUGCAGUAGUCCGAAUUUUCUCUUCGCCCAGGCGUUGUCGUUAGAGCUCGCAGUGACGAGCGGCGCUUUGCGCCGCUCGCUGCGCUCGCUAUUAUUCAUGAACCUACCUAUCUAUUCACAAAAAACCCCCCACACAAGCCAAAAUGUAAAACACAGAUUUCAUAGUUAUAAAAAUGACAUCAUUUGAAGGAUUUUUGAUUUCAUUAUUCUAUUUUUCUGGUAGAAAAUCUAUUCCUUUGCAAAUGAAGGUAGUAAAAAUGCUAAGUAUUUACUAAUUUGACAGAUUUUAUUUCUAAAGAAAUUGACAGAAUUCAGAGGUCUCUAUAAAAAAAAAAAUCAAUUCAGGACUUUUUGGUUUUUCUGAUCCAAGUUGUGUAAAACCAAAACUCAUGAUGCUUAACACAGAAAAAAAACUUAGUAUGGCCCAGUUGCAUCAUAGAAAAGAAAACAACCAGAAUAAUCACGUGAAUUAAUUUUUUUCUUAUGUAUCUGCCAUUGCAUAGUGCUUUGCAAUCAAUUUCUCUUAGAUUGUUGACCUGGAGCAGCUGGGACUGCCCACCAUUUGAUUAUACAACAAAUAAAGAUGAUACUUCUGUAAUGUAAUAUUACAGAUGAUAAUUUUCCUGGCACUUAUGAGAAAAUUGUUCUUUUGCUUGGAAUGAUCCAAUCAAUUUCUUUUUAUAUCUCAUGAAGUUGGCUCUGUAACAUUUCUACUUCUCUAUGCUGGUGUCAGAAUGGAGAUGCAAACACAUGUAAUUCAGCAACAAAGCAAUUGAUUUUUCUUUUUUCCCUUAGUUUUUAAUGAAGACUAUAUAUAUUGGAAGUGACAUGAAUUUUUUGAAGCAGAGUCUGAAUAUGAUUGUGUAAUUUUUUUUGUUAUGUGAGAAAACCACCCUUUUUCAUGAGAAUUAGAGACUUUGUUUGGAUUAAUGGAUUACAUAUUAUAUGUAUAUGAUACCCAUUUAUGAUUGAUGCCAAAAAUACAGUAUUUUGUUAUAUGCUGAAUUAAAACAAAACCCACUUUAAUUAAAAUGUAGUGUCAGGGAAUAUAUGUAAUUGAUAAGCUAUGAUUAUAAAGGAAGUGGGUAUGAAUUUCGUGCAUGUUUCUUUCUGUACACGGGUGAAUGAUGGAUGUAGGGUGUACGAGAUACACAUUGUGUGAAUUAUGCAUGUAUAUAUGUGGAAACAGUGUGUGAAAAGUCUGGCAUCAAUGUUUUUGAGUCUGUGUAUGUUAUAAAUGUAUAUAAAAAUGCCAACUGCUGAUUGCACUGAACAAUUGAUUAUUUGUUAUUGAAAUUUUCAGUAGAUUUAAGUAUGUGAAACUUCAUAGCUUGACAAUUCAGAAUAUUGAAUUCCAUACAUACACAUGUACAGUUGUGUUCUGGCCCUCUUGUUCUUUGUGCCAGUCAUGUUUAAAUAAGCCCCCAUAUUGAUUUUCUCAUCUAAAAUAUCUUGGAUUUUUAGAACCCCAGCCACAAAGAUUUAGUGUUAUUAGGUGUAAAUUCUAGAGACCAGAGCUAUCAAAAGAUACCUAAGAAAGCUUUUUAAAACUGUUUGUUGAAAUAAAGAUCGAGCAACUUGUUUGCAACCUUUAGUUUGGUGUUAUCAAACUUAACACAAACUAAGUAUUGCAUAAUUUGGUCACACACUUUCAAGUAGGCAUAAAAUUGUAAUUUCUCAUUAUUAACUUUAUUGUUUUCUCAGUAUAUAUAUAUAUAUAUAUCUUUUAUUGGUAAAUUAUGAGAGGGCCUGAAUCAACUGGAAAAUGCAGAGUCAGUUUGUGUAGACUCCCCAACUCUUUCUGAAAAAUGACAAAAAAGCAAUAAAAUUGUUGAGUAUUUAUA